AUGUUUGCAUUAAAUUCCAGUCGUAUUCGUGCAGUUUCAGAGAUCAGAGAACAUUCCAGUCGUGAGUUUUAUUUGAGAUUUUCAUCGAAAAGUGCCGAAAUGUCUCUGAAUAAAUGGAAAUUGGAUCCGAUUGCUGGUGGAUCACGUAUCGCGAGUCGUGCGCUGGACAAUUCGCUCAAUCCUCCGGGUUUCUCUCAAAGCGUUUCUAUCGCACAGCAGGUUGAUCAAGGAGGACGUAACGAACAAACGCAACAUUUGAUGACCAAACGUGCCUGGGAAAUGGCACUUCAGCCAAUCAAGAGUUUACCAAUGAAUAUGUUUAUGAUGUAUAUGUCUGGCAAUACCAUCUCCAUAUUUCCGAUUAUGAUGAUCGCUAUGAUGGCUUGGAGACCUGUGAAGGCACUUAUGAGUGUCAAUGCUGCA